UAAAACGGCCUCAAUCCUCAAUGGGAACUACAAUCUGCACAUCCUGCUUUUAUGAGACGUUCAGGGUCCUCGGUUUGAUUAUAAGUGAAAAAUCCGACGGGACGCAACUUUGCUGUGUUUUACGUUACAGUUUGGGAGACGGGGACAAAAGAAGUAUGGGAGACGGCACCUGCAACGGCUCGCAAAGCAAGACGACACUGUUCUCGGACUCGCGGCUGUUCGAAGCUCAGUUCGAGGAGCUGGUUCGGGAGCUGACGGAGCAGGACCUCACCGACCCCGUACUGCUCGACGCCCUGAACCGACUCAAAGAGGUUUUGCUCUACAAUGCCCCAGGAGGCAAAAGGAACCGCGGCCUAUCGGUGAUUGGCUCCUUGCGGGAGCUCGUCCCACCGACUCUGCUCACGCAGGACGACGUGCAGCGGGCUCUGGUGGUCGGCUGGUGUAUUGAACUGCUUCAGGCCUUUUUCCUUGUCGCCGAUGACAUCAUGGAUGCAUCCGUGACCCGCAGAGGACAGCCAUGCUGGUACAAGAAGGACAGCAUCGGUUUGGAUGCUAUCAAUGAUGCCUUCCUCUUGGAGGGCUCCAUUUACAGGCUGCUCCGCAGACACUGCAGGGACCAGCCCUACUAUGUACACCUACUAGAGCUAUUCAAUGAGACUUCCUUCCAGACAGAACUGGGCCAAGCCCUGGACCUCAUGACGGCGCCCCCUGGUCACAUUGACCUCAACAGAUUCACCAUGGAGAGGUACAAAGCUAUUGUGAAAUACAAGACUGCCUUCUACUCCUUCUACCUCCCGGUAGCAGCAGCGAUGUACAUGGCUGGAAUCAAGGACGAAGGGGAGCACAAAAAUGCCAAACUCAUCUUACUGGAAAUGGGAGAGUUCUUCCAAAUACAGGACGAUUACCUGGACUGUUACGGAGACCCUGCCGUGACGGGAAAGGUCGGCACGGACAUCCAAGAUAACAAGUGCAGUUGGCUUGUCGUCACGGCGAUGGAGAUCCUGACCCCUGAACAGAGAGCAGAGUUAGAGGCGUGUUAUGGGCGCCACGACGGCGCCAGCGUGGAAAAGGUCAAAGCGUUGUACGACGCCCUGCAGAUGCCGAGCCUCUACCACAAGUACGAAGACGAGAGCUACCAGCGGUUGCAGAAACUCAUUGCGUGUCACGCUCAGAACCUUCCUCACGACGUAUUCCUCAACUUUGCCAAGAAGAUCUACAAGAGGAACAAGUGAGGAGGAACAUGGGAAAAUGUCAAAGGACUUGAGACGCAAGGAGGGGUGGAAAGUUCUAAACCAUGGAGGCAGUGGUUUAAAUCUAUUAACACGUCAGCUUAUCUAUUUAUUGCAGCAUCCCCAGUCAUUUCUCUGCUGAGUGAUAGCUUUAGAUUUCAGUUGUGACGUAUAGAUGUAUUAAUUUUACUAUACUGUAUGAAUGAGAGCUAUACAUCCAGGCAGACCUUCUUUCUUCAUUCUGUAUUUUUAUAUUUGUUGCUUUAAGUAUAGGCUGCCCUGGACUGAUUGUUUAUUGCCUAGAUGUAUUUAUUAUUUUGAUCUCUGCCCUGACUUGUUGAAACAAGCACACAGUUACAUUGACACCUAUGGACAAUUUGGAGCACCGAUUCCAAAGUGUGGUAAAUGACACACUUGACUACACUGGCUCCCUCUCGUGGUACACCAAAUAAAAUUUAUCUGCAAACUGCAUAAUGUUAACAGUGCCAAUCAUUUUUAAGCAGAUGCAGUAUAUUUGUUAGGUGCAUUUCAGUUGUUUUUACCUUAUAAGUAAUGUACAUUUUGCAUUUAAUCUUAUAGGAUCGUUUGUUUGCAAACAUUUUGGUACAAUCUUUGUUUUCACCAAUCAUUGAAGUCGUUUUUCGGUUCCUAUAUUGAAGCUCAGUGUUGACUGUAUAAUUUUACAGCAGCUUACAAUAUAUUUUAUGAACAAAG